AAUUCAGACGUGCAAUAAAUUAAUAGUCUGAUUAUUAAAAAGUUAAUCUUUCAGCAUUUUCUUUUCCCAAUUUGCAUUCAUGAUUGAGUAGUAACAGCGAAGUUGUUGGGUUUGUGUAUGAUCAAGAAUCAUGAGGUGUCAUGGGAAUUGCAAACGUGUUAAAAAAUUACGCAAUAGCAGGUUUUGCUCGUAGAAAAUCCGAGUGGUUAGAUCAUGGGAACUUCAGUAUAUAUAAUAUAUUAUAUAUAUGUAUAUAUAUAUGGGUGAAGGGACUCUUCUCCUUAUUGCUCGCUGCAUCAUUUUCUCUCUUUCUUCUUUCUGCCUCAAAUCUCCUCCCCUACAGCACAAGGACAAGAAGGAUUGCAAGGCCAUCCUUUCCAUAGCAUAUAAAAAAAAAUGGUGAAGAUUUGUUGUAUUGGAGCUGGCUAUGUUGGUGGGCCCACCAUGGCUGUGAUUGCGCUGAAGUGCCCAGAAAUUGAAGUUGCUGUGGUUGACAUUUCUGUGGCGCGAAUCAGUGCAUGGAACAGCGACCAACUCCCCAUUUAUGAGCCAGGCCUUGAUGGUGUGGUGAAGCAGUGUAGAGGAAAGAACCUUUUCUUUAGCACUGACGUGGAAAACCAUGUUUCAGAUGCUGAUAUAGUCUUUGUAUCUGUUAAUACCCCAACGAAAACCCAAGGGCUUGGAGCUGGCAAAGCAGCUGACUUGACUUAUUGGGAGAGUGCAGCUCGAAUGAUUGCAGAUGUAUCAAAAUCUGAUAAAAUUGUUGUUGAGAAAUCAACUGUCCCUGUGAAAACAGCGGAGGCAAUUGAAAAGAUUUUGACCCACAACAGCAAAGGCAUCAACUUUCAGAUUCUCUCUAACCCUGAGUUCCUUGCUGAAGGAACAGCAAUUCAAGAUCUUCUCCACCCAGACCGAGUGCUUAUCGGUGGUAGGGAGACUCCAGAAGGACAAAAAGCAAUUCAAACAUUGAGAGAUGUUUAUGCCCAUUGGGUCCCUGUGGAACAGAUUAUUUGCACCAAUCUCUGGUCUGCUGAGCUCUCAAAACUUGCUGCAAAUGCCUUUUUGGCACAGAGGAUUUCCUCUGUUAAUGCUAUGUCAGCUCUCUGUGAGGCCACUGGCGCAGAUGUUACCCAAGUUUCACAUGCUGUUGGUAAGGACACAAGAAUCGGACCCAAGUUCUUGAAUGCUAGUGUGGGUUUUGGUGGAUCGUGUUUCCAGAAAGAUAUCUUGAACUUGGUCUAUAUUUGUGAGUGCAAUGGUCUUCCUGAGGUAGCAAAUUACUGGAAACAGGUUAUUAAGGUGAAUGACUACCAAAAGAACCGUUUUGUGAACCGGGUAGUUUCAUCUAUGUUCAACACAGUUUCAGGAAAGAAGAUUGCAAUUUUAGGAUUUGCUUUCAAGAAAGACACUGGUGAUACUAGGGAGACUCCAGCUAUUGAUGUUUGCAAGGGCUUGUUGGGUGACAAAGCUCAUUUGAGCAUCUAUGACCCACAGGCUUCAGAGGAUCAAAUUCAAAGGGAUCUGUCAAUGAAGAAAUUUGAUUGGGAUCAUCCCAUCCAUCUUCAGCCAAUGAGUCCAUCAUCUAUCAAGCAAGUUAGAUGUGUUUGGGAUGCUUAUGAGGCUACAAAGGAUGCUCAUGGUAUCUGCAUUCUUACCGAGUGGGAUGAGUUCAAAACUCUUGAUUAUCAUAAGAUUUAUGAUAACAUGCAGAAGCCUGCAUUUGUUUUCGAUGGGCGCAAUGUCGUGGAUGCUGAUAAGCUGAGGAAAAUUGGGUUCAUUGUCUACUCCAUUGGCAAGCCACUGGAUCCAUGGCUGAAGGACAUGCCUGCUGUUGCAUAAACGCCAAAUUGGAUAACUUGAAGUAGCUUGUGGCCGGUUGUAGAAACGUAUAUGAUAGGCAUAUACAAUUAUCACCUUAUUAAUUUUCCCCUUCAACCAUUUAUUAUCGUCUAGCUUUGCAAUUUAGUUUGUUAUUUUUGUAUUGGGUACCAUUAUACAAUUAUGUUCUGGUACAUCUCCAUUAGUAGAAAAUUUGAAUAUGGUAUUCU